AUGGCGGAGACGGUGAGGGAUUCACAACAGAAUCGGCCUUUGGUUUGCAAUCUAUCAAAGCAGACCGGGCAGGCCGCUGGGAACCGGAGGCUCGAUUUCUCGGUAGCAGCAGUGCUGCCUGCGGGCGGUAGCGGGGAGAGAAUGGGCACGGCGACUCCGAAGCAAUUCUGCCAACUCCUGCAGAGGCCGCUCAUAAGCAUUACACUGGAAAGAUUCGAGAGAGUUCACUGGAUAAAAGAAAUUGUGGUGGUGGUGUCAAAACAGAACUUUGAAUUGAUGAAUUCAAUUAUAGACCGUUAUGGUCACUCAAGAGUAACUGUUGUUGAAGGUGCACUCACUCGUCACCAGUCAAUUUUCAAUGGACUAAAAGCAUUUGUGGAAAAUCAACCUCAUACAUCUUGUCUGGAGAAACCUGAGGUGGUGAUCAUUCAUGAUGCAGUGAGACCUUUUCUAGAAGAAGACAUCUUGUUUAGCGUGGCCACUGCAGCGAAGGAAUAUGGGGCAGCAGGGUCUAUCAGGCCGCUUGUUUCUACUGUUGUUGCAACAAACCCAGAAGGCUAUCUUGAUCACUCACUGGAACGUGCCAAAUACAGGGCAAGUGAAAUGCCCCAAGCCUUCACAUUUGAUAUCAUUUACAGAGCUUAUCAGCAGUGCACAGAUUAUGAUUUUGAAUAUGGGACAGAGUGUCUUCAUUUAGCUUUGAAGUAUUGUGGCACAUCUGCCAAGCUCGUUGAUGGGCUGUCUGAUCUGUGGAAGGUGACUUACAAGCGGGACCUCUAUGCAGCUGAAUCAAUUAUCAAGGAAAGUCUCUCUAGGAGUGUCUGUAUUAUCACUGGAAUGCAGGAAGAAGCAAUCCAAUUGGGCUGUUUGCUACAAGAGGCUUUACAAAUGGUGAUAGAGCAGGUGGAUGUGCUGAAAUGGUCACUGAAUAAAGAGAGCCACUGUAUUCAGGCCAUCUCCUCAGGCCUGUACUAUAAUUUCAUUUAUGUAAAUGUCGACAACUUUGAGUUACCUCAGGAAAUUGUGCAACUGGUGGAAUCAAUUGAAAAUGCAAAACUUUCAGCUUUGUAUCCUGUGGUUGUGACUGUGGUACACUUGAACAACUUGGAAACUGCAUCUCUCUGCAUUCGAAUGGAAGAUUUCACCAACAUCAAAGAAAUGGCAAAGGAAAUAAAUCAAAAAAAUGUUUUGGUUUACAGACUACUAAUUAAUUAUACCCAGGGUCGGGAUUUCAUGAUCCCAAUCGGGACCAAGUGGAGGCGGGACUGGAAAAAAUUGGCCACCAAGCAGAGCGCCUAG